AAAACAGGCUGUCAUGACCCACUUAUCGCAUCACUCUAUCGCAUACAAUCGCUGUAGAAAGGCUUGUUCAGCGUUCCACUUUCCAUCCUGGCGAGCACUGGCGCCAGCGCGUCCAAGACCACCUUCCAGGCACAACACCGCAGCUUGUUUUCUUUCCAUUUCCUGUUCGUUGACACAAACCAGAUUUCGCACCACAACCACGCAACACAUCUCGACAUCAUCACCACAAUACUGCAAAAUGCCUCCUGCGAAGAAGAGAAAGACCGAGCCUGAGGAGAAGGCGGAGAUCACCCAACAAGAGAACGAUGUCGCCGAACCCACGACAGAACAAACUGUGACCGAUUCCAAGGAGGAGCCAUCGGCCACAGAAGCAGCGCCCGCAACAACGUCAUCUUCAUCACCACCAACAGAAACCACGACAACAGCUCAGUCCUCGUCAACCCCAUCCGCAUCCACCUCUGCUGCAGACUCUGCGGCCGCCAAAGCUCGCGAGCGUGCUGAGCGUUUCCGCGCCCUCCAAGCCCGCGCCAAGUCAUCCUCGCAGCAAAAUCUCAAAGAAGCCACCAAGGAAUCCCAACGCCUCCAGAGCGACCCUAGUCAACUCACUGCCCUCGGCCGUCGCCACGCGAUCGCCUCCCACAAGCUGCUGAAAGCCGACAUUGAAGAUGCCGGAGGUGACUUUGAGCGCAAGCGAGCAUGGGACUGGACAGUCGAAGAAUCCGAGCGGUGGGACAAGCGCAUGAAAAAGAGAGAGGCACACCGCGAUGACACUGCCUUCCGCGACUACAACCAGCAAGCCGAAAAGUCCUACAAGCGGCAACUUCGUAACAUGGGAGGGCCCGAUUUGGAGAAGUACACGCGCGAGAAGCUGGCGGCGAUCGAAAAGGCCGCGGCGGCUGGCACAUUGGAGAUUGUCGAGACAGAGGAUGGCGAAAUGAUUGCGAUUGACAAGGAUGGCACCUUCUUUAGCACGGCAGACUCGACGCAGUUCGCGCAGCACAAGCCCGACAAGGCGGCCGUUGAUCGAUUGGUGGCCGAUAUGCGUAAGGCCGAGGAGGCCAGUCUUAAAAAGAGGAGGGAGCGCAUGGCAAACAAUGGCGACGAUGCGGACGUCACGUACAUCAACGAGAAGAACAAGCAGUUCAACCAGAAGCUGUCGAGGUUCUAUAACAAGUACACGGCAGAGAUCAGGGACAGCUUCGAGAGAGGAACCAUGGUUUAGUCGAGCUGGCUUCAUGCGUAGAGGACACGGCGUUGAUGGAUUGA